GCCCACCCUGACGUCUGUCUGUCAAUUGACGCCACUUUUGCUCUAUACUUCCCCGCCAACGCGCAGUCUUUGUAAAUUGUCAACUCUUUUUGUUCACAUUUUGCGUCUAUCCAUUACUGUCAGACAAAAUGGGCUCUUCGUCUUCGAAAGUCGCUAAAGGCGCAGCGCGAAAGUAUCCUGCUCGAGCUCCUGGAGCUGCUGUCCCGCAAGCAGUAGCCCGUCAACCAAGGGCAGAGGCACCCAAACCAAAGUCAAAAACCUUGGGGAACAGUGCCAAAGACGACGCUGUUCGCGCUGACGCUAUGGACCCCGACUUCCCAACCGGCGACUUCUCACGCCGUCUACACCAGAUGGGAAUUGCUGACUCGAACCCUACAUAUUCUCCUUCGUCUACAGCCGCGACCCCUCUCGGACCUUCAGCUCCUCCAGGACCUAGCUUUGCACCGAGUCGAAGCAACCCAACCCUCGUAGCGCUCUCAGCUCGAGAUCGACUACAAGACGAAGCGGAGGAAGAUUUCGCAAACAUGGGACGCGAGGGCCGACGAUUCCUCGAUAUGAGGACGUUGGUGGAUGCUAUGAAGUUCCGCGAUCGAGGGAUACCCGAGAAGGAGAUUGAGUCAAGAUUAAGGAUACAACCUGGGCUGUUGAGCAAACUUGGACAGGAGAAGACCUUUUCGCAUGUGACAAGUCCGAACUGAGGGCAAGGAACGAGGGAAUAGAUGGAAAGUCGUCACGAUAUCCGCAAGGAACGAUGUGACAAGUAUAUUACGAUUGUACAAUAUCAUGUUUCUCCUCACUCAAGAGAUAGCAACAAACGAUACCCGAGAACAUACCUCCAAGGCCCAGGUUGCUGCGACUGAAUUGCUUUGGCCCAGAACCUACGUUCUGCAACAUGGCUCUACCACGCAGCAUGGCCACCAUCCAUGCGAAGGUCAGCACCCGUCAUGAAGCUACUCGCAUCACUCAAAAGAAAGACAGCAGCACCGCGAUACUCUUCUGGGGUGCUUAGACGGCCGAGCAUGUUCUCUUUGGGCCACCUCUCGCGACGACCAGGAUAGUCGUUGAAGAGAUUUUGAAGCAUCUGGGUUAGAAUGUAGCCAGGAGAGAGGGUAUUGACGCGGAUGCCGUGUUCUCCCCAUUCCAUUGCAAGAUUACGGGCAAGCUGUACGACUGCAGCUUUGGAGGGGUUAUAAACGCUGAUAAAGUGUUAGUAGCUGAACAUCAUGAUCCGAAGUCGUACUUACGGCGCGAGCAUGCCCUUGUUGGCGAUGGUUGCGCUCAUACUGGCAAUCAUGACAAUACUACCAGGCUGUUUAAGACGAAUCAUCUGACGAGCAGCUGCUUGGGCAGUCAUGAAAGCCCCGGUGAAGUUGAUGCUCAUCAUUCGUUCGGUUUCUUCCAUCGAGUAGUCAAUUGCUGGUGUUUCGUGGUUGAUACCCGCAGCAGCGAUGAGACCAUCUAGACGACCUGCGCCAUUGGCGAUAUCUUCGAAGAUGCGAUUGAGAUCUGGGACAUCUCUUACAUCGACUUGAUGGUAAUGAAGUGAGGUACCAAGUUUACGCGCUCGGUCUGAGACUUGUGAGAAGUUGGACUUUGGAUCCUCAACUGGCGAGGGCAGUCUAUCAACAGCGUGGACUAUUAUACUCAGAAUUUAGCAAUUGAUAUACUCUUAAUGGUCUCUCUCACCAGUAGCUCCGGCUUCAAUAAGAGCUUCAAUCUGAACAAGACCUAAACCUCUCGCGCCUCCCGACACGACAAUGGCUUUGUCUUUGAGGCUGAACUCUGGUAGAAGAUGAGGCUGACCCAGUGCCGCAUUGUGUUGAGGAGGAGUGCAGUGAAAGGCACGAAUAGCUACUGGGACAUAUCUCGUUGUUGGGCGAGGAAAAGCUUGUCUCUGGAGAGGCUGACGAGCCAGUGUUCGAAGGAUGGGAGAGAACUUGUUCAUUGUGGAAGCUUAUGAGGCUGGCGAUACCACAGAUGCUUACAUAUAUUCUAGGACAGACUACGUUCAGUGGUAGCUCGGGGUGCUUUUGUACCAAAGUCAAUGGCAGCCAUUAAUUACAUGCGAUGGCCACGAGGGGAAUGCUCAGUACGGAUAGAUUCUAGUUGCAUCAGUGGCGGUUCUUCGUCACCUUUACCGCACUCCGGAAGAACAAGUCACGGGGGAUCUUUAUGCCCCAGAAUGGGAAUCAUCAUCAAUUCAGACAUUGUCGAGGGUGUGUAUGAAGAGAAUGUGCCUCGGUCUUGCAGAAUGAAGUCGAUGACAGGCCAAGCUUUCCUAUCCCCGGAGCCACUAGGACGUUAUUGAUGAUCCCGGUGAGGCUCGGGUUUCCUUGCAGAGUUAAAUCAGGUCCUGGCUGAGCGAGGAUCACCGUCAGCCAUUUGACUCCCUACCUCCCUGGCUUACUUACACUUGAUCUCCAG